AGCUCUUGAUAUUGAUAAUUUGUAUUCAUUUCGUAUGUAUCUAUGUAUCACACAAGAAGGAAUAAAAAGAAAUUCGUCAUUAAAUGCCUGCUUGAAUAGACAUUUAAGGAUAUAUCAAACAAGAAGCAUAAAUAGUUAAUCACUUGAUGUAAAUCUAUAUUUGCCUACAAUAGAUAGUGACAGCUAUUAGAAAAUAUGGAGGGUAAUUCAACGGUAGUAAAAGGUAGGAAUUUAUUACUUACUGGUGCAAACUACUUUUACAAAAUGUCAUAUGAAUUCUUCCUGCUCACAUUUUGAAUCUUAAUUUAGAUUUAUGAAAUAGUAGUUAGAUAGAAAGCAAUUGUUUUCGCUGGAUUUUCUUAUAGCUGUCAAAUCAACCAUGGCUUUAGAAGUUGGAAGUGCUCAGGUUGGAAGAAAUAAGCCGUCCAAACAAGUUGUAUUUAGAGUUUUCUCCUGUACAAAAUAUAUGCAAAAGCCUCCUUUAAUAAUGCCGAACUAUGGAAAAAAGUCUCCGAAGUUAGGCGUUCCUAAAACGAGUCUGUCGCGCGUGCUGCUGUACGACAAUAUCACGCAACAACAAAUGCUCGAUGUAAAACUGGCAAACAUCAAGAUCGAGAAACAACGAGCGGAGUAUCUUAUGGGUAUGCAUAGAAGAUCAUUUUCAAAGGGAUUAGCAAACAAACGAAGAAGGCAACGAGAAUGUACCUUGAAAGAAAUGAAUCAAGCCCAUCUACCCGAAAUCGAUUUAAACAAGAAAAGGAUGUCUUCAGUUCCGAUGACGCCAUUACUUCGAAAAUUCAGCACAUUUUCUUUAGAUGAUGUAAAACUACCAAAUAUAGGCGACCAUAAGAAACAAAUAAUGUUGAAACUAAAGACCAAAAGUGGCAGGCAAAAGAUAUACCAUUCAUACGAUGAAAGUGGCAUAUUUGUUGAUUUCGUUCCAAUUCAUGCACUCUAUGAUAAUGUGCGAGAUGAUCCGAGAUUUCAGAAUCUACAGACCGCACUUAUGCCACCAGAUGACGAGAACGUGGAGGGAUUCGUUAUAUUAAGUCCAAGUUACGAAAAACAUUAUCCAAAAAUUCCUGAAUAUUUACAAAAAAAGUCUGAAAAUGAGAUGGAAAAUUGUAAAAGAUAACUUUUUACAUACAGCUUUUUACAGGAAAAUAAACGGUCUCUCGUUCU